GUAAGUUUGGGUAUAAGCAGAGUAUAAAUUUAAAGGAAUAUGGCAACUCCAGUUGAGCCACCAAAUGGGAUAAGGUCCCCAGGGAAACAUUACUAUUCUAUGUGGCAAUCCCUUUUUGAAAUUGAUACUAAAUAUGUACCUAUUAAGCCUAUUGGGCGAGGGGCAUAUGGAAUUGUUUGUUCUUCUGUUAACAGGGAAUCCAAUGAGAAGGUUGCAAUCAAGAAAAUAAACAAUGCUUUUGAGAAUCGUGUUGAUGCUCUCAGGACAUUGCGUGAACUAAAGCUCCUUCGCCAUCUAAGACAUGAAAAUGUGAUUGCUCUGAAAGAUGUUAUGAUGCCAAUCCAUAGGCGAAGUUUCAAAGAUGUUUAUCUGGUAUAUGAACUAAUGGAUACAGAUUUACAUCAAAUAGUCAAAUCCUCUCAAACACUCACGAAUGAUCAUUGCCAGUAUUUCCUAUUCCAGUUGCUUCGAGGUCUAAAGUAUCUCCAUUCGGCGAAUAUUCUUCAUCGUGACUUGAAGCCCGGGAACCUGCUCAUCAACGCUAACUGUGAUCUGAAAAUAUGUGAUUUCGGGCUUGCACGUACAAGCAGUGGCAAGGACCAGUUUAUGACUGAGUAUGUUGUUACACGCUGGUACAGGGCGCCGGAACUUCUCCUUUGCUGUGACAACUACGGAACAUCCAUUGAUGUAUGGUCUGUUGGUUGCAUUUUUGCGGAGCUCUUAGGGAGGAAACCUGUCUUUCCAGGUACGGAAUGCCUGAACCAACUGAAAUUGAUUAUCAACAUCCUUGGUAGCCAAAGGGAAGAAGAUUUAGAAUUUAUCGACAAUCCAAAGGCAAGGAAGUACAUCAAAUCACUUCCAUAUUCUCCUGGAACACCAUUUUCCCGCCUCUAUCCCCAAGCUCAUCCAUUGGCGAUUGAUCUCCUGCAGAGGAUGCUUGUGUUUGACCCUUCCAAAAGAAUUAGUGUUAUGGAAGCACUUCAACACCCAUACAUGUCUCCUUUGUAUGAUCCGAACACUGAUCCCCCAGCGCAGGUUCCUAUCAACCUUGACAUAGACGAGGACUUGGGAGAAGAGACGAUAAGGGACAUGAUGUGGACGGAAAUACUUCAUUACCAUCCUGAAGCUGCCACAGCUGCUAUGGAAGAAGUUAUGUGAGCUUUAUGUUAGAGCUUUUUGUAACUUAUCUUUUUCCCCUGCUUUCAAUAAAUAUCGAGUCUUGAUUCAUCGACAGUUUGAGCUGCGAUG